CCCCCUAGUGAUCGGCGCUACCAGCCUUUGAGGCCUGGGAGCUAGUGCCGACAGCUGCCGGGCGCAGUUACAGUCUUAGCGCCGACGGGAGCUGGUCGCCCCGUCACCAUUCCUCCUCCGCACCCCCGCACCCUCGGAUAUGGUGGCCCCCGGCUCUGUGACCAGCCGGCUGGGCUCGGUGUUCCCCUUCCUGCUCGUCCUGGUGGACCUGCAGUACGAAGGUGCUGAAUGUGGAGUAAAUGCUGAUGUUGAGAAACAUCUUGAAUUGGGAAAGAAAUUACUUGCAGCUGGACAGCUAGCUGAUGCCUUAUCUCAGUUUCAUGCUGCAGUAGAUGGUGAUCCUGAAAACUAUAUUGCUUACUAUCGGAGAGCUACUGUCUUUUUAGCUAUGGGCAAAUCAAAAGCUGCACUUCCUGAUUUAACUAAAGUGAUUGAAUUGAAGAUGGAUUUCACAGCAGCAAGAUUACAGAGAGGUCACUUAUUACUUAAGCAAGGAAAACUUGAUGAAGCAGAAGAUGACUUUAAAAAAGUGCUCAAAUCGAAUCCAAGUGAAAACGAAGAGAAGGAAGCCCAGUCCCAACUUAUAAAAUCUGAUGAAAUGCAACGCUUGCGUUCACAAGCACUUUAUGCUUUUGAGGAUGCAGAUUAUACUGCUGCUAUAACCUUCCUUGAUAAGAUUUUAGAGGUUUGUGUUUGGGAUGCAGAACUACGAGAACUUCGAGCUGAAUGUUUUAUAAGAGAAGGGGAACCUAGGAAAGCUAUAAGCGACUUAAAAGCUGCAUCCAAAUUGAAGAACGAUAAUACUGAGGCCUUUUAUAAAAUCAGCAAACUGUACUACCAGCUAGGAGACCAUGAACUGUCCCUGAGUGAAGUUCGUGAAUGUCUUAAACUUGACCAGGAUCAUAAAAGGUGUUUUGCACAUUAUAAACAAGUAAAAAAACUUAAUAAGCUGAUUGAGUCAGCUGAAGAGCUCAUCAGAGAUGGCAGAUACACAGAUGCAACCAGCAAAUAUGAAUCUGUAAUGAAAACAGAGCCAAGUGUUUCAGAAUAUACAGUUCGAUCAAAAGAAAGGAUUUGCCACUGCUUUUCUAAGGAUGAGAAGCCUGUUGAAGCUAUUAGAAUAUGUUCUGAAGUUUUACAGAUGGAACCUGACAAUGUGAAUGCUCUGAAGGAUCGAGCAGAGGCUUAUUUAGUAGAAGAAAUGUAUGAUGAAGCUAUUCAGGAUUAUGAAACUGCUCAGGAGCACAAUGAAAAUGAUCAACAGAUUCGGGAAGGGCUAGAGAAAGCACAAAGAUUAUUGAAACAGUCACAGAAAAGAGAUUAUUACAAAAUCUUGGGAGUAAAAAGAAAUGCCAAAAAGCAAGAAAUCAUCAAAGCAUACCGAAAAUUAGCACUGCAAUGGCAUCCAGAUAAUUUCCAAGAUGAAGAAGAAAAGAAAAAAGCGGAGAAAAAGUUCAUUGACAUAGCAGCUGCUAAAGAAGUCCUCUCUGAUCCAGAAAUGAGGAAAAAGUUUGACGAUGGAGAAGAUCCUCUGGAUGCAGAGAGCCAACAAGGAGGUGGUGGCAACCCUUUCCACAGAAGCUGGAACUCAUGGCAAGGGUUUAAUCCCUUCAGCUCAGGCGGACCAUUUAGAUUUAAAUUUCACUUCAAUUAAACCAACUAUUUUUCUGCUCUUCUUCCUGAAUUUUUUUAAAGAUUAAAAACAAACCUUACUUCAGGAUCCUAAUGAAAAAAAUUUUCAAAUCUUUCUGUUGUCCAUAACCAAAGAGUUGUUUUAAUAGUAAAACUCUGUUCUUACCCAUUUUAGACUUAUGGUUGAAGGGUUUGUGAGGGCAGAAAGGCAAGGAACGUUCUAUUUCUGACAAGGCAGCCUGUAUACAUUUCAUGAAGGCCUAGAAGAAAUGGUCUGAGGCUGGCUCAUCUGUGGAAGUGCUCAUGCAUUUUAUAUUUUUCUGCACUGGAGCAUGUAGAAAUUAUUGUCUUCACAGCCUUGCAUAGUAUCUCUGUGCCUACAUGUGUAAAAGGAAGCUGUAAUCUUCAUGAGGAUGGGUUGUGGUUCAGUAUUCUUAAAGAGAAUGUUAACAUUUUGAGCUGUAUGUUCUUUGGGACAACUUUGUUUAGAUCUUGGUCAUUCCAGUCAUUUGCUCUGUUCUAUUACUGAGCCUCCUUUAAUCUGCAUAUGAUUCAAUGUUUCUUUACUUGGAUUAAUUUGGCAGUCAUUAAAGAAGGGUGAGUGGCUAUCUUUUAGAAAACCUGCUACCAAAUGGUUAGUUGAAAAUGGCCAGGUUUGGAUUGGUGUUAAUAUACAUAUUUUAUGCUUUUCUGUUCAGUACCUAGAGGAAAAUACUGAGAACCACCAAAGUAGAAUUUAUUUGUAAGAAAUUUGGGGCCUUUCGUUUAAUAUUAAGUAUAACAAAUUAACUAAAGAUAUGUAAAAUCAUUCUAGGUAAUAUAGCAGUUGUAUUAUUUAAAAUAAUAUUGCUGACGUACAGAUUGAAAUACUUUUAAAUACCAGAAAUCCUCACUUGUUUUACAGAAUUUCCUACAACAAGAGUGGCUCAGAAAUGUAAAGUUACUCAGUCAUCAUUAAACACUGAGUGCCCAGUGUUUCACACUCUUAAUAAAUACAGUAGGGCAGCUUCUUUUUCUCUCUCUUAUAUCCAGGUCUGAGCCCCUGGGACUGUAGUGACUCCCACACAGCACUUGUUGGCUGAUGGAUGUUAAAGAGGAUAAGCUCCUUUUAACAGCUUUUAAGAGGAUCAGACCUUGAUGCUUCUCUGUCUUCUCAUGCCUACAAAACAAAAACAAAAAAAAACCCAGGCUUGCAAACCUAGUCACCCCUGGCUAUUUCCCAUUAUCAUUUCAUUUAAUAAGAUGGCAUCAUCUCUUGGGAUACCUUUUUCUUGACUUUUAAGAAAUUAACUUUCCAGUCUUGGUAUGCUGGAUAAUUUUUUGCCCUAAAAAAAUGAGUGUUCUCUUUAAUCAAGAACACUGAAUCUUUAUGGAACUGUUAAUAUUGCAUUUAAAAUCUAAGAGAAUUACUUUAGGUAAGAAUCAUUAUCUUUAUUCUGGAUAGGUCUUUGUUUUGGCUUUAUAGCAUUUUGAAACUUUUUAAGCAGCAAAGGGUCUAAUACAUAUAUAUUUUUUUCAUGAAAUCAAGCAUUUUAAAUUAAUUGUAGAGGCAUCCUGACCACUAAUGUCCACAGCAGCCAAGCACAAAUCUUUUUCUUCUGUAGUCUCCUAAAACAUAUGUGAAAAAUAUUUUUAACUGAGGGACAGAAGUCACAUACUUGAGUUGCGCAAAACACAAGUAUAUUUUGCUCUAUUUAGAAGUCUGUUUAUUACCAAUAAACUUAACAUUGCAGUUUGAAAGCUAGUGAACAACUUGCAGCUUUCAGUUUGUUUUAAUGUCCCAAAAUGCAAGCCUUAACAUAAUUUCCCAGGUAAAAUCAUUUUUGUCUAUUCUUUAAUCUUAGUAAUCUUAGUUAUAUCAGUAUACUGUUUUACAAUCUGGUUCCUUGGUAUAUGAUGUUGCUGUGACCCCUUUGAAAUAUAGUGAUGGCCUCUGCUUUCAGUAGUAAGAUUUUUCACAUGGAAUCAGGACAUAGAAUGUAUCAAAUCACUUUCCCUUCAGUUUGGAGGAGAGGAUGAAAACUGCCAAUAAUGAGAUAGAAGGUUUUUCGGAAUUGUUGAGGGCUAGAUUACAUUGGAGAGGUGUUUCUUGGGCAGCUGCCUACCAACCUGCUUGCUGCCUGAUGGCUGUUUUUAUUUUAUUUUUUUCCUCCACUUAUAACAACCAUAAUCCCUGUUUUGAAAGUCUCAACAUGGCUUAUUAUUAAUUUAAUCAUAACUGAUUUGUAAAGAGAGUUAACUUGCCUGUUUUCACUGGAGAGAAGAUAAGACUAUAUUUGGCAUUUGCUAUGCCAAAUGCCAGUUCUACUGAAGGAAAUGAGUUCUCUGGAGUCUCUUGUUUUGCUAAUUAAUGAAGAAAAUAACAACUCUUUAAGUUCCAGCCUUGAUGGCCAUCGACAGUCUUCUGGUGUCUACCUAAACGGAAAGAUGGUGCCUUCCUUAAACAGUGAUGAAGAAAAAUCCUCCUUGUGUAAAUGGAUAGUUGUUCCUCCUACUUGCUGUUAAAAGCUGUCAUUAUGCAAUGGGAAAGCAUAUUACUUAAAAAUCAUUUUUUUUUUUUGUCCACUUCCACUUUGCAGUCCUUUUUUGAGGAUUGCAGCUAUCAAGGGACCUCUGUGCCUCUUUCAGGAAAAGUACAAGUCAAAAAGAGGUAGCCUGUCCUUAGCUAUAUUAUAUUCGGUUGUUAAACUACUCUGUUUUUGGUGAGUUCUGCAAGUGGUAAGUAUAACUGAUCUGUACAUUGUGGAUAUUUUCCACAGUAAGAAGUAUUAAACACAUCAGCCUAUAAAUAUUGUGAAAAAAAAUUCUAAAAAAGGGAGCCUAAUUCACUUCCCAAUUCUAAAAGUUUGUGCUUUCUUACUAUGAAUAAAUGAAAACUUGAAAAUAACUUUGAUAGUUUACUUAUGUAAAUUGGAUGUAACAUAAUAUUAAAUUUAAAACAUGUUUCUUUUUAUUCAGUAUUAAAAGUCUAUUUUUAAACAGUAUGAAACCAGAAAUUUUUGGACUCUAAUAAUGGAAUCUCAAAACUACCUGUGGCUCUUUUAAGGAAAAAAUAUCUGGCUUUUUUUUCCUACUGUGCUGAUGGUAAUAGAGUCACAAUUUGAAAUUGAACCCAUUUUCUAUUCAUGGUGGGAAAUGAAAAAUUUCACCUUUAAAGACAUGACAUUGGUCAAAAGUUGUAUUUGAUAUUUACCAGGAAGGAAGGUUCAUAAGAUACUUAAAUUAAAAAAAUCAGUCAUAUUUGUGUUAGAGCAGACUGCCUUACUGGUAUAGGGCACUGUUGACUGACUUUGCAAAAAGAUUUCAUUGAGUACACAUCAAGGGUAACCUAGAGGAAUUCAUGCAACUUUGUUGACUGUAGUUUACUUUUCUAUAUUUACAAAGGAAGAAAGAAGGCAGAUGCUAAUUUGUAAAAACUAAAAAUCCUUAUUCUAAAUCAGAUCAUUCCUUUUUUGUUAGUUGCAGAGUAUAUUCUGUAAUUUCAAAUGAUGGUGGGUGUAAUUUUUUUUUUUUUUUAAUAGAUGAUCCAUUUGCUUAAUGACUUAAGAGUAAAAUUAGCCACUGCGUGGCUUUGUGUAUAGUAACAGGUUUUGUUGCACUUGUCUGUAGUUGAGCCUUCUGCCUGCAGUGGGAAGCAGAGAUUGGAGAAGGUAAAAAUUGGAGAUGUUUGCUAAGUUAACAUACUACUUGUAUUGUAAAUGUCUAGUGUGUUUUGAAUGAGACAAGAUUAAGUAACUUAAUACAUCUCAUUUAGCGUUUUAAUAAGAAAGGAACCUAAAAUUAAAUGAAAUGGGUCUCAGACAUGUCUAUAAAUAUGGGUAGUAUUUUUAUGCCCGUGUAUUUUCACAUUUAAUAAAAAUAUUUAUGGUCAUAUCAGUA